CAUCCAGAGAGACAGAGAGAUAGAGAGAGAAGCAUCGCUGGCAUGAACCUGCAAGAGAGAGAUGGGGGGGGGGGGGGGGAGAGAGAGAGAGAGGUGGGAAGUUGACCUGAAAGCUUUAAGCCAUAGAGGUUGAUUGCUUCUCAAUAUAAAUCGUUCUUCUUCAACACCCUUCAAUCUGUUCCCCAAGAAAGGAAGAAUGGGAGAACUGCUUCUGUUCAAUGUCGUAGAACUCAUUCUGUCCAAGCUAGGCGAACUUCUAGUCGAAGAACUCUUCCUGGCAAACGGACCAGAUGCCGAGCUCCGGAAGCUUGAAACCGCUUUGUCGUCAAUCAAACUGGUCCUAUUGGACGCAGAGGAGAACCAGUCAACGAACGACGAGCUUCGCAAAUGGCUCGCCAAUGUCAAGGAUGCUUUCGCCGACGCCGAUGAUCUUCUGGACGAGGUCGAAUUUGAAGCUCUCAAGAACCAGGUUAGGGGAAAGUUACGGAACUAUCUUACGAGCAGUAGUUCAAUUAGUUUCCGCCUUUCAGUUGUUAGCAGGAUCAAGGAGAUGACAGAGAGGUUACAUUUAAUUGAUGGUGGGAAAAACAAAUUUAGGCUUUCUGAGAGGUCUUCGGAUCCGCGUAAUGUGCGUAUACAGAGGGAGACGAGCCAUUCUUUUGUUCAUAGCGUCCAUGUGAUAGGAAGAAGCAGGGAUGAAGAAGCCAUCGUUGAGAGGUUGAAUGAUGCUCGCGAACAUGUUUCUGUCAUUCCCAUUGUGGGAAUUGGGGGCUUGGGGAAGACAACAUUGGCUAGGUUAGUGUACAAUAAUGAGCGGGUUGCUAGGGAUUUUGAGCCGAAGAUGUGGGUCGGUGUUUCUCAGGAUUUUGAUAUGAAUGUGCUGAUGAAAAAGAUCAUUGCAUCUGCAACGACUUCACCCUGUGAUGAGCAAGAUAGUGAUCAGUUGCAGCAUAAGCUUCGGGGUUGUUUGGCCGAUAAGAAAUUUUUACUCGUCUUGGAUGAUAUGUGGGACAGCGACCUAGUAAAAUGGAGGGAACUGAAAUCUCUCCUCAUGGGUGGUCGCAGAGGAAGCAAAGUCAUUGUCACCACUAGGUCUAAUGCAGUUGUUUCCAUUGUGGGCAGCGAUCAUCCUUAUGAACUUGGUGGACUUGCUUGGAGAGAUUGCUUCUCUUUGAUUCUGGAAUGGGCUUUUCCAAAAGGAGAAGAUCAGAGUAGGCAUCAGAACCUCCUCCACAUCGGAGAGCAAAUUGCAGAGAGAUGUAAGGGCGUUCCAUUAGCUGCAAGGACUCUAGGAAGCCUGCUGUACAAAAAAACAGACGAACGUGAUUGGCAGCAUGUGAGAGAUAGUGAAAUAUGGAGGUUACAAGGUCAGGGGCAAAAUGAUAUCAUGCCUGCUCUGAAAUUGAGUUAUGAUCACUUACCAUCUUACCUGAAACCAUGUUUUGCAUACUGUUCAAUUUUUCAAAUGGGGCAAUACAUUUACAAGGAUAAUUUAAUCCAGCAGUGGAUGGCACAAGGGCUGAUUUGGUCAAGUCCUGGCCAAAAUCUAGACCCCGAAGACAUCGGGGAUCAGUAUUUUGAUGAGUUGUGUUCAAGAUCACUCUUUCAAGAGGUUGAAGAGAAUGGCCCCUUGUCUGUAACCUUUAGAAUGCAUGAUCUUGUACAUGAUCUUGCACAGUCUGUAGCAGAAACAGAAUGCCUAAAGAAGAAAUCCCAUGCGGGAGAUGUUUCUAAUAUGGUUCGGCAUGUUUCCUUACUGGGUUGUGAUUUGUCAGGACAGGGAGUAGAAAGAUCCCUCCUGAAACUUCAGAAGCUGCGGACCAUUUUCUUUCCACGGGAUGGGAUAAGAUCCACUCAUGAUCGUUUUGUUGAUGAAUGCAUCGAAACUUUCCUGUACUUGCGAGUGAUCGAUUUGGAGGAUUCAUGUUUUGAAGUCUUACCGAAAUCUAUUGGUUACUUGAAACAUUUGAGGCUCCUUGACCUCAGUCGGAACUGUAGCAUCAAGAAGCUCCCUGCUUCCAUUUGCAAGCUGCUGAAUCUGCAGACUCUGAGGAUCUCAGAUUGUAAGGCGUUGAAGAGGUUGCUUAAAAAUAUAGGGAACUUGAUUGGCCUUAGACAUCUGUACGUAACCACACAACAGGAAUCUUUCCCUGAGAAAGCAAUCGGAUGCUUGACCUCUCUUCAGUCUCUGUGGAUCACCGGUUGUGCCAACCUUGUUUGUUUGCCAGAAGAAAUUCAGUGCCUGAAAGCUCUUCGGACAUUAGCUAUCAGCAAAUGCCCGAGAUUAACAUCUCUUCCAAAACGCAUAGCAAGUCUUGCCAAGUUAGAGAACCUUAUGAUCAAUGACUGUGAAAAGCUCAACUUGGAUGAGGGGAGUAUCACUGCAAUUGAAAACCUUGGCAUCAGGAAAAUGGUUUUUGCAGAAUUACCAAACUUCGUGAAUUGGCCCCAUUGGCUGCGUGGCACAGCUAGGAGUGUAAAUUACCUAAGGAUUGCAUACUGCCCCAGCCUCGGGGAACUCCCAGAGUGGCUGCAAAACUCAGCAUCGCUUCAGAAACUCGAGAUUUUGGGAUGCCCGGAAGUGUCAGCACUGCCAGAGGGAUUCCAACACCUCCGGGAACUGAAAGUACUGAGGAUUAAAGAGUGCAGCAGGCUGGCCCAUAGACUACACCCAAAAACAGGAAGAGACUUGCAUAUGGUAGCUCAUAUCCCAGAAUUAUAUAUCAACAAUGCCAGGAUCACCUAGGUUCAAGCUAAUCUACUUGCAGUAUUCGUGAUAGGACAUAGCGCUUGAUGGAGCAUUGAUAUUGUUUAGUUAUUCAUUUGAAUACAAAUGUACCCACAUUACUUAUUCAUUUAAAAUGCCUAUAUUCAAAUUUUGUAUCUAUUUCCUUUUCCUUUCGUGUUGUUAAUACAUAAGAUAUUUCCCUUACACAUUUUGUCAUUUUAAUUGCUUAGCAUCGCUUAUGUGUUGACGGCAUGUUAGUAUUGUUUGAUAUCCAAGUGGUAUUUAGCACUUCCGGAUACUGAAAGUAUUGAGAGUUAAAGAGUGCAACAGGCUGACCCAUAGACUACACCCAUAAAUAGGCAGAGACUAGCACGUGGUAGCUCAUAUCCCAGAAUUAUAUAUCACCUAGGUAAGCUUGAAUUUUCAACCCUCACCCAUCACAUAAAUAUUGUAUAUCUAUCUUGUUAAUAUUUGUGAUUCAAAAUGAUUUGGGUUGGGCUUGCUUAUUUAAAGCCCAAGCCCAUGUCUUGCCCCCUUUCUUAUUAUUCCCAUUCAUGUCCCUUGGCCCAUGUUUAUAAAGGCUAGGAUUUGGGAGAAAUUAUAGUGCAACAGUCACAAAGAAGCCCUAAUCGGGCAACAAGAACGCGCACAAAGAGAGAGAGGGAAAAACGAAGAAGCAAGAUCGAAGAAUGGGGAAGGCGCUCGACAAUCAGAACGGACGAACGAACCGCAAGGUGUUUCCAAUCUUGUCUCACGGUAAGUAUGUAUCACUUGGGGUGGUUUUUGUGAGAGAUUGGUGAGGUUUGAGUGCAUGGGUUGCUCGGGUUUUGAGCAUUGUACUCUAUAUAUUUUACCUUGUUUGUUUUGGUUUUUGAUUUGUGAUGGUCAUGAUGUUCUUGCACAUGUAUUAUGUAAAUCCCUUGAUUAUUAUUUUAGUGGAUUGACUAGAGGUGGAGGCUCUGUCGUGAGUAGGAUUCUUUCGAAUCCAAACACGUA